CAUGGAGGAGGAUUCACUAUAUGAUAAAGUUGAAAAUGUAAUUGGCUGCCAUGUGGAAGAUGCAGUAACAUUUUGGGCACAGAACAUUAAUAGACAUCGUGACAUCUUGGGGACUAGCUGUGCUCUAGCUGAAAUUUGUCCUCAAGCCUGCUCAGUUUUUGGUAAUCCUGAUCUUGGCAAGGUUUAUGGUGGGUGCUUUUCUGAAGAUAAAUGCUGGUAUAGAUGUAAAGUGCUAUGUGUUAUCAAUGACGAAAAGUGUCAGGUAUUAUAUAUUGAUUAUGGGAACUCCGAGACUCUUAACCGGUCAGAAAUAGUUGAAAUACCUGUGGACUUGCAGUUUCCUAGUGUGGCAAAAAAAUAUAGACUCUGGGGAUUACAGAUUUCAGUUAAUCAAGAGUUGAAUCAGUUUGACCAGGGGAAGAAGUUCCUGAAUAGCUUGAUUUUUGAAAAAGAAGUGAAAAUAAGAUGCAAAGGCACAUGUCAUGAUGGUACCGUUCUUGCAGUGGCAGAAUGCGGUGUACUGAAUAUUGGGGAAGUAAUGGUUAAAAAAGGAUUUGCUGAAAGAUCCAAGUGUCCCAUAAGCAGUAAUAACGGUGAUACCAAAGCAGAUUCCUUUAAAUCCCAGUCGAGGAAUGCAAAAACAGCAACUUCAGUGUGGUCAAACAGAGCUAACCUUCCAGCAAAUAAUAAAGGGGGCUUUGGGAAUAAUAUGCCUCUGAACAGUUGGAAUGAGAAUAAUACUGCAAAUCAUGUGCCGUUUAUCAAGGAGAAAAUGAUGGCUUGUGACCUGAGCAGGGCAUCAAACAUUAGCCUGGCAAAAAUCAAACAGGAGCAAAAAAUUAUAGAGGAGAACAUAAAGCUGAAAGAGGAAAACGUGGCUUUCAAGGAAGAGAAUCAGAAUCUUCUCCAUCUGUAUGAAGAACUUAAAUCAAACGUUGAAAAGCUUAACUGUGAACUGGAGGCAAAGGAGAAAGCUCAUACGGAGACGCUUGAAUAUUUAGAGAACACUCUGUCUACAUAUGUUGGAACGACUAUGAGAAAUUUGGCUGUGAAGUUUGAGAAGCUCAAAGACGUUAGGCAUGCCAGUAUGAGUGAUCGCUUUGGAGAAAACCUUUCAGAAGCUGUAAAAGCAGUAACAGAAGGAUGGCUCGCUGCUCCUCCCUCUUUAGAAAAGUUGGAGAAGAUUUGGGUAGAAUAUAACACUGCUCAAGAGGAAAUACGCUCAUGCAAGUAUAUGGAUGAAGUACAAAACUUGAUUCCUCAAAGAAAUGAAAUGCAGCAGAAGUUAUACUGUGCCAUAAAAGAAUUCAUUGUGGAAGUGGAUGAGUUGCCCAUUUCUGAGCGUCUCGAAACUUUACAGAAAUUGCAGGGGUAUUUGGAGGCUUCAUAUGGUAAAGCUCAUGAUGCAGAGAGUUCUGAGAGAUUGUUUGAGGAGUUCUUUGAAUGGAAGUGCGUUAAGAUGGAGGAAUUAAACCGUGUCAGAAGUGCCACAGAUGCUUCUCUGCAAGAUUUUGUAACUUGCUUCAACAGGAUAAUUAAGUUCUUUGACAUAACAUCAGAAACAUUAUUGAAAUCUAAAGAUGUGGUUGUCAACAUUGAUGAUGUUCUCAAGAACGUUGAGCUGGGUAUUUCCCAAGAACUGGAUGUUUCCUUGGUUGAGCUAGAUGAAGCAGAUAAGAAAAUAAUCUUGGCUGUGUACAAUAAGGUAAUGCAGAAGAUCCACCAAGAGCAACAUCUCCUGACUUCUGUGUAUCACAAAUAUCUGGAUAGUGUUGAGUUCAAAAAGGAGAUUGUGGCGUGGCUGGAUAAAAGUCCCAACAUUGAUGAUUUGCUACUGGUUAAGAAGAGACUGAAAAACCUAAAGGCCAAGCUAAGGUGGAAGCUGGUUGAAAAGAGCAACUUGGAAGAAUCUGAUGAUUUCAGUGAGUCUGAAAUGGCAAAAAUAAAAGAAGAAAUUGCUGGGCUACGUAGUAGUGUCUUUCAGGAUAUAUACCAAGAACAAGAGGAAUAUGAGAAGCUUAAUCACCUGGUGCACAGGUGUUUCCCUGAGCUGCCGCUCCUUCAUCCAGAAGCAGGAAUUCUAAAGUAUAUGAACUCAGGAGGCCUUCUCACAGUCAAUUUGGAGCGUGAUCUUUUGGAUGCUGAACCAAUGAAGGAACUAAGCACAAAACACCCUUUAGUUUGCUCAGAGUUUCAAGGGCAGAAAGUCCUCCUAAAGGGUUAUGUUAUGGAUAUGAAUACAGAAACAGGAGUGAUAAAAAGAGCAGCGGAGUAUCACAAAGCCUGGAGAGAAUUAAAGGAGGAAUCUGGUUUAAUGCAGCUAAUGUUCCUGUUUUUAUGCAAGUGUGAUCCAUUGGCAUAUAUGAUGAUCCCGUAUUAUGCUGGAGCAAAUCUGGGCGCAUUGCAGGCUAGCAUUCCUUUAACUCCUGGUGAGAUUUUGAAAGUAAUGAAAGGAGUAGCCAGAGGUCUGCAUACAUUACAUACAGCAAACGUGGUGCAUGGCUCGCUGCAUGAAAGCAACGUAUUUGCUGUAAACCGGGAGCAAGGAAUUGUUGGAGACUUCGACUUCACCAAAUCAGUGGAGCAGCGUGCCUCAGAGAAUCAUGUGCUAGCAAAUGGUUUGAGCUUAACUUCUCCUGAAAUAAAAAAUGGGCAGCCACCAUCUCCAGCUUUAGAUAUGUAUGCUUACGGCUGCUUACUUUACUGGUUGUUUGUUGGAAACCUGGAGUUAAAAAGAAACCUUGAUGGAACUCCCCAGAUUGAUGGGAUUGAACUGGAUGAUAAAGUUAGAGCUCUGCUUCUGAAUCUCCUUUGCUGUGACAUUCGAAUGACCUCUGAGCAGGUGCUGAAUGAUGACUGUUUCCUACUGCCUGACCUAAAUCCAGUUCCACCAGAAGAUGAACCAGCUGAAUAUGGAAAUGGAGGAGAGAGAACAAAAAGUGAAAUAGGAUCUGAUGACUUGCAGGGUAGUGAGUCAGAAUCUUCUUCAGAGACUACAAUACCAGAUAUUGACUAG